UGCAGCCGCCUCUCUCCCGAUGCCCGCGUCCCGCAGCCGCCGCGCCGGCAUCCCUGACAGGAUGAUGCCCAGGGCAGCCGGCGGCGGACGCCUGCUGCUCUGAGCCGGGGCGUGGGGGUCCGGGCAGAGGAUGCUCCCCAAUGGCACCUGCCCCAGGCUUCUGGGCGGUGCAGGCAGCGACAGCGGCGACAGCGAGAGCGGCGGCAGCGACAGUGGUGGCGGCGGAGCCGGUGGCGCCUCGGAGGAGGCGGCGGCGGAGGGCAUGGACUCGGGCGGCAGGAAUUCCUCUGGCGCUCCGAACAGCACCCUGAGUGAGUCUCAGGGCAGCGCCAUCCUCAUCUCAUUCAUCUACUCCGUGGUGUGCCUGGUGGGGCUGUGCGGGAACUCCAUGGUCAUCUACGUGAUCCUACGUUAUGCCAAGAUGAAGACAGCCACCAACAUCUACAUCCUCAACUUGGCCAUCGCGGAUGAGCUGCUGAUGCUUAGCGUCCCCUUUCUGGUUACCUCCACCCUGCUGCACCACUGGCCCUUUGGCUCCCUGCUCUGCCGCCUGGUGCUCAGUGUGGAUGCCAUCAACAUGUUCACCAGCAUCUACUGCCUGACGGUGCUCAGUGUGGACCGGUACAUCGCCGUGGUGCACCCCAUCAAGGCGGCCAGGUACCGCCGGCCCACGGUGGCUAAGAUGGUCAACCUGGGUGUCUGGGUGCUUUCCAUCCUCAUCAUCCUGCCCAUCAUCAUCUUCUCCAACACAGCAGCCAACAGUGAUGGAACAGUGGCUUGCAACAUGCUCAUGCCAGAGCCCACCCAGAGAUGGCUGGUGGUCUUUGUGAUCUACACUUUUCUGAUGGGCUUCUUGCUGCCUGUGGUGGCCAUCUGCCUCUGCUACAUCCUCAUCAUCGCUAAGAUGCGCAUGGUGGCCCUGAAGGCUGGCUGGCAGCAACGCAAACGCUCAGAGCGCAAGAUCACACUCAUGGUCAUGAUGGUGGUGAUGGUCUUUGUCAUCUGCUGGAUGCCCUUCUACAUUGUGCAGCUGGUCAAUGUCUUUGUAGAGCAGGAUGAUGCCACCAUCAGCCAGCUCUCUGUCAUCUUGGGCUAUGCCAACAGCUGUGCCAACCCUAUCCUCUAUGGUUUUCUCUCAGACAAUUUCAAGCGGUCCUUCCAGAGGCUGCUCUGCCUCAGCUGGAUGGACAAUGCUGCAGAGGAACCCAUCGACUACUAUGCCACUGCCCUCAAGAGCAGGGCAUACAGCGUGGAGGACUUUCCCCCAGACAACUUGGAGUCAGGGAGCAUGUACAGGAAUGGCACUUGCACCUCCAGGAUUACCACCCUCUGAGGAAGCAUUCCUGUCCCCCAGCUCCCUCACUGCCCCCCAGCUGGAGGAAAUUCUCUCUUGAAUUUUCUCUCUUCUUCUCUUACGACAAAACAAAUUUCAUAUAAACAGAUGAAGCUUUCUUUGAUAAAUGACAGCUGAUUAAAUGAAACCUUCUAUCCCUACUGCCUUUUAUCCCACACAGAAGUGUUGCUACAGACUGUGUUGAAAUAAGCAGCUAUGUUUUUUGCUUUCUACCACCUAUGCUAAUAGUGUCACACAGUGGCAAGUCUCCCAGCAGCUGUGACAAAUCACUUCUCUAGCACAAUACUGUGGUUGUAUCAAUUAUAACUACUGGCAAUAUGAAGCAAGAGACUGGAAAAAUCUCUAGUAGCAGCAUACCCAUAGCAUUGUACUCGUAGCUGCAGUGCUUAAGUACAGUGUAAAGUGUAAGGUUGACAAUUAAGGCAUCUAGUAUUUGUGGUGGUGGAUUGACUACAGAUUUUUUUGUUAAAUUAUACCCUUUAACUUUUCUCAGCAGCAAAAAGCAGGAUGCUACUUUGUACAUUUCUUUCACCAAAACUUAGGUACUGUUAAAUGAAUGUAUAAAUUUAGUAUUUCAAAGUUGUCUGAUUCAAAGUCCAUCAAAAUGAGAGAAAAAAAAUCCUAAUUCCCUUCAAUGGACUGUGAGUCAACUCCUUUUAGUCUAAAAAUUGCUAAUGUGGAAACUGUUACAUCCUUAUUAAAAUAUUUCAUGAAAAGCUUUAACAA